AUGCAAGAGGCCAGCAUUGUUAGACAAGCGGAUGGAUCGGUAAUCACCACGGGCGCACCGCUGAGAUUGCCGUUUGAUAGGGUGAUGCUUCGCCACCCGUCAACAUCAGUAGAAGCCGAUAUCCUUAUCCCAGAUAAGGAGCUGAGAGUGCUCGGGGAGGAGGUUUGGGAGGCUCAGGGGCAGUGAGGACUCAAAUGCGACCAAAGGAAACAUAAAAAUUACAAAAGCUCAGUGCGCGUCGUUCACGACAAACAACAAUUAUCCACGACCUUGUAUUCCUGCUUAAUAAACAUCGAUAUCUUUUCCGGGGAGGCGGGGAGGGGGGCGUAUCAGAUCUGAUACCAUUGCUUCGUUGUAUUUAAUACGUCUGGGUAAUGCGAUUAUGAUUAUGUGGCCCUCAGUCUUCGUUGGCCUGAUUUGGUUUUCAAACUCCGAUAGUCACACGAAUGGACUAGAUAGCACAAUAGUAUUCCGUCUCUCACUUAGAUUCUUUAGUUAGCGGUGCGGACUUG